CAUCCACUGAUACUCUCUCCCAGACUUCAUCCCUCAUCACUCCAAUGGCUACAAACAAGGACGAACUACUCCACGAUUUCCCUCCACUACUGAGAGCAUACAGAGAUGGUCGAAUUGAAAGGUUAAUGGGCUUGGAUUUUGUGCCUCCAUCAGUUGAUCCAGCGACACGGGUUCAAUCCAAAGACGUCGAAAUCGCGCCGGAGGUCAACCUGUCCGCUCGGAUUUUCCUGCCUGCAAACGCUGACCCGAGCAAGAAAGUCCCACUUCUUCUCUACUUCCACGGCGGUGGCUUUAUUGUUGAAUCUGCCUUCUCUCCGUUGUAUCAUAAGCACCUCAAUGUCUUGGUGGCGGAGGCUAAUGUUGUGGCAGUAUCAGUGAAUUACAGAUUGGCGCCGGAGCACCCUCUCCCGAUUGCGUUUGAGGAUUCUUGGCUUUCGCUCAAAUGGGUUGCUUCUCAAUCCACUGAUGCGGGUCAUGAGAAAUGGAUACGAGAUUAUGCUGAUUUGAAUCGCGUCUACUUGGGUGGAGACAGUGCUGGAGGUACCAUAGCACACAACAUAGCCAUGCGGGUCGGGUCGGAGCAGUUGAACGGCAUCAAUUUACGUGGGAUUUUCCUCAAUUGCCCAUUCUUUUGGGGGGGAAAUCCAAUUUUGAAUGAAGAAAAGGACUUAAUUUUUGCCAGGAGUUUUGCGGCUAAACUUUUGCUAUAUGCGUGCCCGAGCAUUUCGGACUGUGACGAGCACUGGAUAAAUCCGGCUAAGGAUAAAAAACUUGCGAGUUUAGGGUGUGGAAAGGUGCUGGUUUAUGUUGCUGAAAAGGAUGCAUUGAAGGAUAGAGGCUGGUAUUACAAGGAUUCGUUAACAGAGAGUGGGUGGAAUGGAGAUGUUGAGGUCGUGGAGGUUAAAGAAGAGGGCCAUGUUUUCAGUGUGCUUUGCCCUGGCGGUGAGAAUGGUUUGGCUAUGCUGAAAAAAGUGGCUUCUUUUAUCAAUAAGUAGUCGUUUUUGGUCUUUGGUUUGCCCAUCAAAAGUUCAGUAAAUGCUCCGAGAAAAGGUUGCAAUAAUUUUAGUGUUCGAUACAUUCCAUGUCGUUGUUGUAUUCCUAAGUGUGGAAGACAAGUCAGAUAUUUGUUCUAAUUUUCCAUAGGAAUUUAAUAACAUGGGUGACUUUUCCUGUCA